AUGAAGGUGCUCCAUGGUAAAUACGGAGUGGAAGAGGUAAAGUAUAACGACGAGGAUCACGUCCUUGUCAGGGACGACGAUGUCCUUCUCAGCUAUUCGGGCGACGAGCCCACCCUGGAGAGCAUCCAGAUGCCGAGGGGGAAGGUGCUGCUAAAGCUGCUGGACGACAAGGAAGAAUCACAAGGUGGUAUUCUGCUGUCAAAGGGGGCUGCGAAGCCCGAUACGACGAUCGGCGAGGUCGUUGCUGUCGGUGAGGAUGCUCUCGACCGCUUGGGCAAGCCCAUCGCCACGGACCUUGCUGUCGGAGACACUGUUCGUUUCCGUUUCGGCAAUGAGGUCAAGCUCGACCUUGGAAAAUCCGAGUUCCGCUCCGUGGACGUGUCCGAGUGCGCGCCUAGCGAAGUGGAAGUCCCAGUGAGCCAUCACUGGCAGUGCUUGGGCCACAGCCCGUUGCGGCCCUUACCGCGGCUGCGUUUCCGAAGUCGGCGGCAGGCCAAUUUUGAUGGCGGCCUCGUGUUUUCUGCACGCUGGCAUCUACUCGGCCAGCUCAUGCCUUCCCCACUUCAGAGCAUCGGUGAAGACGGGAAAGUCUUUCAGAGUUGGUCGGAAGUAGAGCGUAAAGGGCACAAGGCACUUCUUGGAGGCCCCGAGAUCUUCAAGGAAGGCGCAGGCGAAGACCGAGGCGAAUUCGCCCGGCUGCAGGCCUUCAUCGGAGCUAUAGCUAUUGGCGACAUGGUGAAGUCCACCCUGGGACCAAAAGGCAUGGACAAGAUCCUGCAGCCUGCUGGCCAGGGACCCGGGUCCAACGCCACUGUGACCAACGAUGGAGCCACGAUCCUGAAGUCCGUAUGGAUCGACAACCCUGCAGCCAGGAUUUUGGUCGACAUCUCCAAGACACAGGAUCAGGAAUGUGGUGAUGGCACGACAUCAGUUGUGGUGCUUGCAGCUGAGAUGCUGCGAAAUGCACAGAAUCUAGUGGAGGCGAAGAUGCAUCCACAGGUCAUCAUCCGAGGCUACCGCAUGGCUUUGGCAGUCGCUCGGGCCAAGCUAGAAGCAUUGGCAAUGGACAACGGCAGCGAUCCUGUGAAAUUUCGCGAGGACCUCCUGAGGAUAGCAAGGACCACUCUGAGCUCCAAGCUGCUACAGCACGAGAAGGACCAUUUUGCGACGCUGGCCGUCGAUGCAGUUCUUCGUCUGGGUGGCAAGCCCAAUUUGGACUACAUCCAGGUGCUGAAAAAGCCCGGGGCCUCCCUGAAGGACUCCUUCCUGGAGGAGGGGUUCAUCCUGGAGAAGAGGAUUGGUGUUGGCCAUAAGAAGCUGCUCGAAGAUUGCAAGGUUCUGGUGGCAAACUGUCAAAUGGACACGGACAAAAUCAAGAUCUAUGGUGCCCGGGUGAAGGUGGACUCCCUGGAAGCCGUGGCGGAGAUCGAGCAAGCCGAGAAGGAGAAGAUGAAGGCAAAGAUAGAGAAGAUCGCCGCACACAAGUGCAAUGUCUUCAUCAACCGGCAGUUGAUCUACAACUAUCCUGAUCAGUUGCUCAAGGAUUCGGGGGUCAUGGCGAUCGAGCAUUCGGACUUCGAUGGUUCCGAGCGCUUGGCCGCUGUUCUCGGAGCAGACAUUGUCUCCACUUUUGAUAACCCAGAGCUAACGACGCUUGGCACGUGCAAAAAGAUCGAAGAGAUCAUGAUUGGGGAAGACAAGGUCAUCAAGUUCUCUGGCUGCUCCAAAGGCGAAGCUUGCACCAUCGUGCUGCGAGGCAGCUCCACGCACGUCUUGGACGAGGCCGAACGCUCCCUGCACGAUGCCCUGGCAGUGCUGUACCAGACAGUGCAGGAGACGCGAGUCGUUUGGGGCGGCGGUGCCAUGGAGAUGGCCAUGGCGCAGGAGGUGCAGCAGAAGCUCACAGAGGUGGGCGGCAAGGAGAGCGCAGCCAUGGAGGCUUUUGGCAAAGCCUUGACGCAGAUCCCAGUCAUCCUCGCCGACAAUGCUGGCCUGGAUUCGGCGGAGCUGGCGGGGCAGUUGCGAGCAGCGCACGCCAAAGGAGAGCACUCCACCGGCUUGGAGUUCACCUCUGGCUCUGGUGGCGUGGCUGACAUGAAGCAGCUGGGCAUCAUGGAGUCCUUCAGGAGCAAGAUGUCGCAGCUCUGCUCUGCUGCAGAGGCGGCAGAGAUGAUCAUCCGAGUGGAUGACAUCAUCAAGAACGCGCCACGGCAGCGCGAUGGCUGA